AUGAGCUUCAGUUUGCGACUUCGGCCUCCGGUCCGCCUGCUGGUGGACCUGGGCCUUCUGGCCCUGCUCCUGAUCCUUUCGGCGUACUUCAAGCGCAUCUGGUGGCCCACCACCCAGCGCGGCUUCUUCUGCAACGACGAGACCCUGAUGUAUCCCUACCGCGAGAGCACCGUGAGCCCCACGCUGCUGCACUGGCUGGGAGUGCACUUGCCCCUGCUGUUCCUGGGCCUGCUCGAGAGCUUCCUGACCUGGCGCCGGGGCGAAGUGACCAGCUGGCGGCACCUCUGGCCGCUGUGGAACACCAUCCGCUGGUUCCUCUACGGCCACGUAUUCAACAAUCUCCUCAAGAGCAUCGGAAAGGAGACCAUCGGCAGACUGAGGCCGCAUUUCUUCGCCGUGUGCCAGCCCCAGUUUCCGGAUGGAGGCAACUGCUCGGAUGAGGCGCACCGUGGUGGCCUGGUCUACCAUGAGGCCUACAGCUGCCGGCCCGAGCUCUCGGGGGCCACCCAGGAGAUGCUGACGAGCCUACACGUGUCCUUCCCCAGCGGUCACUCGUCCAUGGCCUUCUACGGCCUGGUGUUCCUGGCCCUUCACUUGCGUCACCGCCGCUGGCCCUUGAGGGGCAGUCUUCUGGGGCCCGUCCUCCAGCUGGGAUGCCUCUGUGUGGCCUGGUUCGUGGCCAUUAGCCGUGUCAUGGACUACAAGCACCAUUGGUCGGAUGUUGUGGCCGGUUCGCUGCUGGGGGCCGGCACUGCUUUUGUGGUCGUCCAGGCGGCCAGGCUCGAGGAGGGACACAGGACCACCAAAGCGGCGGCGCCAACAAAUGCGAAUGCGAAUGCAAAUGAGAAGGAGAAGGAGAAGAAGAAGGAGGGCCAGGCAGAGGCAGAUGCACUCGCAGUUGGAGCUGUGGCAGGGAAGGGCCACCAGCUGGCGCAUGAUUUGUGCCAGGUUACGUGUCAGGGCUCUAAUUAGUUGAGGCUCGGUUUAAGCUAUGCGAUUUCUAGUUGUUAAGUUAAAGCGACACAGUUGGCAGUAAAAUUAAAAGUUAUUUAAGCGAA